GCCACUCGAUCAUAGGGUUUAUGCGCGCUCAAAUGGCACUCGAGACCCAGAAUAUCAACGAAACCAACGAAAUCCCUACUCCUAAAUCAAAAUUUACAGAAAUUUCGGAUGUAAAUCAAGAGAAAUUGGUCAUAAAUUCUCGCAAAUUCCAACAUCGCUCUUAUUCGACUGAUGAGUUGGAAUCGCUGAGGUUCGUUGGUCUCAAGGAGCAGCAAAGGAAAUGGAAGCAAGUGUAUCAGAGCCUUGAAUCGGAUGUAGCUAAAGAUUACGACGGGCUUCGAGUUCCCAAUAAUCAGAAUAAGAAACAGCAGAAAAAGAAGAAGAAGGAGAAAAGCGUAUUGGAGGCAUGUCAUAUGGAUCUCGACAAUCAUGUCCAAAUGGGAGAUAUUGGAUUGGAAGUAAACUCCCUUCAGGAGCAUGUGGUUUCUGCCCUGGAUAUGGGAAGGGAAGGAGAUGCUCAAAGUAAUGGAGGGUUGGAGACGAAAGAUGUGGGCAGAAUAGAAAAUCAAAAUAGUAAAGGUUUGAGUUACUCAAGAAGUGAAAUGGAAGUUUUGAGAUUUGUGGAUGUCGAGGAGCAGGAAAGGUGGUGGAAGGAGGUGUAUGAUAAGCUUAGUCCAUAUAUUGUUGAAGAGUUUGAUUUGCUCUGGGCUCCCAACAAUCAGAAGCAGCAGCAACCACAAAAUGCCAGCUCGAAGCAGUCUGCAGGGAAGAAAAUGGAUCCUUCUCAAUGUUUGAAUUUGCAUACUGCAGGUGAUGUUUCAGCGCUAAAGACUACGAAGGGUCCAAAUGUGCUAAAUGUUUGUGGUGACACCCUGCACGAAAAUGGAAAUGGCAUGUAUAUUGAAGAGUCGGUUGAUGAAUAUGAAAACACCAUCGAUGAACACAACAGCAGCAGUGAUGAGUAUGACAGCAUUCAGAGGCCUGCUUUUUUUGUAGAAGGAGAACCAGAUUUUGAAUCUGGGCCACCUGAAGAUGGAUGGGAAUACCUUAGACGUGUCAGAUGGGAAUCUGCACAUAUACCAAAAGUGAAAGUGGUCAAGCUCAAUUCAAGCAAGCUUACCAGUGAACAAACAGCUUAUAUGCCCAGUAUUCCUGAGAUCACAAAGUGCCCACAGAACCUCUUGCCAUUGAAAGAUUGGGAGAACGUAUUCCUUGCUGAUUUUUCAGAAUUAAGACAGGAGAUUUCAGUUCUAGAAAGCUCUUACAAUGAACUAGAUAAACCAACUCCUACCAAACAAUCUUAUUCCCUUCAACAACUAAAGAAAAGCACUCCGACACUGACUACAAUUCUAGGAAUGGAUGCCAUUUCUCGUGCAGCGACCCUUAGGAACAGCAUAAGCUCAUUGGAGACUGCUGAUGUCCUCUCAAGGGACGAUUGCCUGUGGCUGUUUGCGCUGUGUGCAGCCGUUGACACUCCUCUCCAUGCCGACACCUGUGCUUCGCUGAGAUGCUUGCUUCGAAAGUGUUCGAGCCUUAUGGCGCUUAAGUCAGAACCCGAUGAAGAAGUGGCUAUGUGGAGCAUUCUUGUUACUAUAGCUGGAAAAUAUUUUGGGCAGUUGGAUACUUCUUACAAGAAUGAGAACCCGUGAAGGACAAACUGUUUUCCCCUCGUAUGCAAAUUGUUCUUGCAGUUGUAGAUAAGACUUUAAAGUGAAAUUUUAGCCUAUGAAGUAAAUUUGAGUCUUGUUAGUUAUAUAAAUGACUCAAAUCUUUUUGUAACCAACCAUACAUAUGUAUAUUGGAUACUGGGGAGUUGAGAAUUUCCAGGUCUGUUUGUAAUAGUUAUCAUCUCAGUCAUGGUAAUUAAGUAUAUAUUUUUCAUU